AUGCCGACGACCACCGUGGAGGACUUGCCUGCCGACGUGCUGGCCUACGCGCUGCGCCGACUGGACGGCCCGUCCCUGGCCGCCGCCGGCUGCGCCACGGCAGGCCUCCGCGCUCUCGCCGCGGACCCGGGGACGUGGCGCGCGCUCUGCCUCGCGCAAUGGCCGUCGCUGGGCCUGGAGACCGAGCAGCAGCGCAACAUCCUUGGCUCCGCGGCCGUCUCUCCGCAGCGCCUCUUCGCCGACGCCUUCCCCUUCCCCUCCACUUCCACUUCCACGGAUGCUGCCGCAGCCGACCAAUGUUUCCCCGGCGAGCUGAUCUCUGCCGUCGACAUCUACCAGAAGGCGAAGGGCGCGCCCCGGCCCCUCUUCUCUCGGUUGGUGGAGACCUCCACGUCGUCCUCGUGGUUCCUGACAUCGCCCUUCCGCGUGGACGCCGUCGAGUGCAAGAACCCGGUGCCGGUGCGGGCGGCCUCGUUCUCUUCGGCGGAGCUUGAGCUGAGCUGGAUCGUCGUCGACCCCCAGAGCAGCCGGGCGGUAAACGUGUCGAGCCGGCGGGCAGUGGCCGUGGACAGGCACUGGUACACCGGCGAGACACUGGUGCGGUACGCGGUGGUGCUCGGCGGGAGCAAGUUCGAGGCCACGGUCACCUGCUCGGAGGAGGCCGGAUGCCUUAACGUUAGAGACGUCAGCCUGACCGUCGAGGACGCCGACGGCGCGGCGGUGAGCGGCGAAGGCAGCCUGCGGCUUCUCGCGGCCGCGAUGGAGGGACCGAGGAGCAAAGCAGGGGAGAGGGAAAGAGACGAGGCCAGGAGGAUGUACGAGGAGUUCGUGAGGAGCAAGAGGGGGAGGAAGGAGUCCAAGGCGAGGCGGGAGGUGCUGGUGGACCUGUGCUGCUCCGCCGUCAGCGCCGUCGCAGUGCUCAGCUUCCUCGCCUCCGUCCUGCUCCGGUAG